AUGUCGCGAGCAAAUCCUCCUAAUCCGGCCGGAUCCCGGAAGAUUUCUUUCAACGUUAGCGAACAGUAUGACAUUCAAGAUGUUGUGGGCGAGGGAGCUUAUGGUGUCGUCUGCUCGGCGAUACAUAAGCCUUCAGGCCAGAAGGUCGCCAUUAAGAAGAUUACUCCCUUUGAUCACUCUAUGUUCUGUUUAAGAACUCUUCGAGAGAUGAAACUUCUUCGAUACUUCAACCACGAGAACAUCAUCUCUAUUCUUGACAUCCAGAAGCCGCGCAGCUACGAGUCUUUUACCGAGGUGUAUCUAAUUCAGGAACUGAUGGAGACGGAUAUGCAUAGGGUGAUCCGCACACAGGAUCUAUCUGACGAUCACUGCCAGUAUUUCAUCUACCAGACUCUACGAGCGCUAAAGGCCAUGCAUUCCGCAAAUGUGCUUCACCGAGACUUGAAGCCUAGCAACCUCCUGUUGAACGCUAACUGCGACCUGAAAGUUUGCGAUUUCGGACUUGCUCGAUCGGCGGCGUCUCAAGAGGACAACUCUGGUUUCAUGACGGAAUACGUUGCUACUCGAUGGUAUCGUGCACCCGAGAUUAUGUUGACCUUUAAGGAAUAUACAAAGGCUAUUGACGUGUGGUCCGUGGGUUGCAUUCUUGCCGAGAUGCUGAGCGGGAAGCCCUUGUUCCCUGGAAAGGACUACCACCAUCAGUUAACCCUGAUCCUGGACGUCCUUGGUACCCCUACCAUGGAGGACUACUAUGGGAUUAAGUCUCGCCGCGCUCGCGAGUACAUCCGCUCUCUUCCGUUCAAGAAGAAGGUCCCAUUCCGAACUCUCUUCCCCAAGACUUCCGAUUUGGCGCUCGACCUGCUCGAGAAGUUGUUAGCCUUCAACCCGGUGAAGCGCAUCACGGUGGAGGAAGCUUUGAAGCACCCUUACCUCGAACCGUACCACGACCCCGAGGACGAGCCUACCGCACCCCCGAUUCCUGAGGAGUUCUUCGACUUCGACAAGCACAAGGACAACCUUAGCAAAGAGCAGUUGAAACAACUCAUCUAUCAAGAGAUUAUGCGGUAG